AUGGAAGCAGAAACGGGUGAAAAAGAUAUGGUGAGGGCAGUUAGUGAUGGAAGGAGGAGGAAGAGUUUUGCAGAGUUGAUCGAAAAAUCGGCAAGCUUCCAUGAGAGAAGCGAUGAAGAGGAGGCGAAAUGGGAGGCGUUAUGGAGGCUUCCAACAUAUGAUAGAAUGAGAAAAGUGAUUUUAAAGCAAGUUCUUGAUAAUGGAAAAGCAGAGUAUGAAGAAGUUGAUAUCAACAAGCUUGGAGUAGAGGAAAAGAAGCAUCUUUUGGAGAGCAUAAUAAAGACUGCUGAAAUAGACAAUGAGAAUUUUCUCCAAAAAAUGAGAGACAGAAUUGAUAGGGUAGGAAUUGAGAUUCCUAAGAUUGAAGUCCGGUUUGAGAAUCUAUCAGUUGAAGGGGAUGCAUAUGAUGGAACCAGGGCUUUGCCAACACUAAUCAAUGCUACCCUCAAUAUAAUUGAAGGACUUUUGGGUUAUAUCAAGAUUUUGGCAUUUAAGAAAAGGGUUGUGAAGAUUCUCAAAGAUGUUAGUGGAAUUGUAAAACCAUCAAGAAUGACUUUAUUACUGGGACCUCCAGGUUCAGGAAAAACUACACUGCUUCAGGCACUUUCUGGGAAAAUGGACAAGGAUCUAAGGGUAUCAGGAAGAGUGACUUACAAUGGUCAUGAGUUGUCAGAAUUUGUUCCUCAAAGAACAUGCGCUUAUAUUAGUCAGUAUGAUCUUCAUCAUGGAGAAAUGACAGUGAGAGAGACGCUGGACUUCUCCGGACGCUGCUUAGGUGUUGGAACAAGGUAUGAUAUGUUGAUAGAAUUAUCAAGACGAGAAAAAGCAUCAGGUGUCAAACCAGAUCCUGAAAUAGAUGCUUUCAUGAAAGCCACGUCAAUGGAAGGUCAAGAAACGAGUCUUGUUACAGAUUAUAUUCUCAAGAUUCUUGGGUUGGAAAUGUGUUCUGAUAUUUUGGUGGGAGAUGAGAUGAGAAGGGGCAUAUCAGGUGGACAAAAGAAGCGUUUAACCACUGGUGAGAUGUUGGUGGGACCGGCAAAAGCCCUCUUUAUGGAUGGAAUUUCUACUGGUUUGGAUAGUUCUACAACCUUCCAAAUUGUCAGGUUUAUGAGGCAGAUGGUUCAUAUCAUGGAUGUCGCUAUGAUAAUCUCACUUCUUCAACCCGCACCAGAAACAUAUAACCUUUUUGAUGACAUAGUAUUACUUUCAGAAGGUGAGAUUGUCUAUCAAGGUCCACGUGAGAGUGUUCUAGAUUUUUUUCAAAGUGUGGGCUUCAAGUGCCCAGAAAGGAAAGGAAUUGCAGACUUUUUACAAGAGGUAACUUCUAGAAAGGACCAAGAACAGUACUGGUUUAGAAGGGACAUACCUUAUCAGUACGUUAGUGUGCCUGAUUUUGUAACCCACUUCAACAAUUACCGCAUUGGUAAACAACUUCAUGAAGAGAUUCAAGUUCCCUUUGAUUCUAGUAAAACUCAUCAUGCUGCAUUAGUGAAGGAAAAGUAUGGAAUCCCCAAAUGGGAACUUUUCAAGGCAUGUUUUUCAAGAGAAUGGCUAUUCAUGAAGCGUAGCUAUUUUGUUUACAUAUUUAAGACUUUUCAGAUUACUAUCAUGUCUAUAAUUACAAUGACAGUAUUUUUUAGAACAAAAAUGGAGCAUGGUCAACUUGAGGAUGGGGGGAAAUAUUAUGGUGCACUGUUUUUCAGUCUUAUUAAUGUGAUGUUCAACGGAGCAGCAGAACUUGCAAUGACUGUUAACAGAAUUCCUGUUUUCUUCAAGCAGAGAGAUUUCUUAUUUUAUCCCGCAUGGGCUUUUGCACUGCCCAUUUGGGUCCUCAGAAUUCCUCUCUCUAUAGUGGAAUCGGUAUUAUGGAUCAUCCUCACUUAUUAUACUAUCGGUUUUGCUCCAGCACCUAGUAGGUUUUUCCGUCAACUACUAGCAUUCUUCUGUGUGAAUCAAAUGGCUCUAUCCCUUUUCCGGUUCAUUGCUGCAAUUGGAAGGACAAGAGUUGUGGCUAACACAUUUGCUUCCAUAACUAUUUUAGUUGUUUUCGUCCUAAGUGGAUUUACUGUUUCAAGAGAUGAUAUUGGGCCAUGGAUGAUAUGGUGCUAUUAUGCUUCCCCUAUGAUGUAUGGAAUGACUGCAAUAAGCAUCAAUGAAUUUCUAGACAAAAGAUGGAGUACUCCUAAUAUGGACCCUAGAAUUGAUGAACCCACAGUUGGGAAGGCAUUACUUAAGGCCAGAGGCAUAUUUACAGAAGACUAUUGGUAUUGGAUAUCUAUCGGUGCUCUUAUUGGAUUUUCUCUACUGUUCAAUGUCUGUUUCAUUCUUGCUCUAACUUACUUGGACCCAUUCAGAAGCUCAAAAUCUAUCUUGGUGGAACAAGAAGACAAUAGGGACACCACACCGGCAUCCUCCUCACUGAAAAGAACAACAGGAGAAAUGACAGAGAGUUCAGCUUCAAAUGUUGAAUUGUUUGAAGGUGUUGACAUGGAAGUAAGAAACAACACACGUAGCUCUAUUCCUAAAGCUGCAAAGAAUGCAAAAUUCAGGAAGGGAAUGGUGUUACCCUUCCAGCCUCUGUCACUUGUUUUUGAAAAUGUGAAUUAUCAUAUCGAUAUGCCAAAUGAAAUGAAGAAGCAAGGAAUUGAAGCGAAUAGACUCCAACUACUAAGAGACAUAAGUGGUGCUUUUAGGCCUGGAAUUUUAACAGCAUUAGUUGGUGUAAGUGGUGCAGGAAAAACAACUUUGAUGGAUGUGCUUGCAGGAAGGAAAACAAGUGGUCACAUAGAAGGAAGUAUCAGCAUAUCGGGUUAUCACAAGAACCAAGCAACUUUUGCUCGGAUUAGCGGUUAUUGUGAACAAAAUGAUAUCCACUCUCCCAAUAUUACAGUUUAUGAAUCGCUUCUGUUUUCUGCUUGGUUGCGGCUCAGUAAAGAGGUCGAUAUAGAAACACGAAAGAUGUUUAUUGAGGAAGUUAUAGAGCUAGUUGAGUUACAUCUAGUGAGAAAUUUCUUAGUCGGCCUUCCUGGAAUAGAUGGCUUAUCAACUGAGCAGAGAAAGAGGCUCACCAUUGCUGUAGAAUUAGUUGCGAAUCCUUCCAUUAUCUUUAUGGAUGAACCAACAACUGGUCUUGAUGCUAGAGCUGCAGCGGUUGUUAUGCGUACAAUUAGAAACACAGUGGAUACAGGGAGAACUGUUGUGUGCACAAUUCAUCAACCAAGCAUUGAUAUAUUUGAACAUUUUGAUGAGCUGCUUUUGUUGAAGACGGGUGGACAAGUGAUAUAUGGUGGUCCUCUAGGUCAAAAUUCUGAGAAACUUAUCGAGUACUUUGAGGCUAUUACAGGAAUUCCAAAGAUUGAAGAUGGAUACAAUCCAGCUACAUGGAUGCUGGAGAUCACUUCUCCUGUGGUUGAGUCUCAGCUUGCUAUAGAUUUUGCGGAAUUAUACAAUAAGUCAAGCCUUUACGAAAAGAGCCAUGAACUUAUCAAGGAACUAUCCACACCAGCACCUGGAACAAAGGACCUUUACUUUCCAUCUAAAUACUCACAACCAUUUCUUACUCAAUGCAAUGCUUGCUUCUGGAAACAGUACUGCUCCUAUUGGAGGAAUCCGCAGUACAAUGCCAUCAGAUUCUUCAUCACAAUAGUUAUUGGUGUUUUGUUUGGACUUAUUUAUUGGAAAAAAGGAGAUAAGAUACAAAAGGAACAAGACCUUUUAAAUCUUGUUGGAGCUAUGUAUUCCUCGGUUAUUUUCCUUGGUGCAUCCAACACUAGCAGUGUGCAACCUAUUAUUGCAAUAGAAAGAACAGUUCUCUACCGUGAAAGAGCAGCUGGAUUGUACUCAGAACUGCCCUAUGCAAUUGGUCAGAUUGCGAUUGAAGUAAUUUAUGUUUCAAUCCAAAGUCUGAUAUACUCCACUAUCCUGUACUGGAUGAUUGGGUUCGAACCACAAGUCGAAAACUUCUUUUGGUUCUACUUCUUCAUAUUCAUGUCCUUUAUCUACUUCACACUAUAUGGAAUGAUGACAGUGGCCCUGACACCAAGCCACCAAAUUGCUGCCAUCGUGAUGUCUUUCUUCAUCAGUUUUUGGAACCUAUUCUCUGGUUUUCUUAUUCCAAGAACGCAAAUUCCAAUAUGGUGGAGGUGGUAUUAUUGGGCAUCUCCCGUGGCAUGGACUAUAUAUGGACUGGUGACAUCCCAGGUGGGUGAUAAGAAUAGUCCAAUAGAGGUACCUGGAGAUAGGCUCAUGACAGUAAAAGAUUAUCUUGAGAGGCGAUUGGGCUUUGAACAUGACUUCCUUGGAUUUGUUGUUUUGGCUCAUAUUGCUUUUUGCCUUCUCUUCCUUUUUGUAUUUGCGUACAGCAUCAAGUUUUUAAACUUCCAGAAACGAUAA